AUGACCGCCGUUUGUCUGGUCGUUAACAUAACUUCACCGGCGGGUCUUGGCGACGACGAUGAAGAACGAGGAGCAAGAGAUGGUUUUUGGUGCAAAUCAUAUUCGCAAGAUUUGACUCGAUUACGCGCACAAUCGUCACUAGCCGCCAUUCGUCCACCGUCACAUCUGUCCAUUGUGACGGCCCUGUUCAUGUGGACGAUUACGAUCAUCGGUCAGAUCGUUCGUUCGUUCGUUCGAUCGUUCGAUCGUUCAACUCCUCCCACCCUGCUGACCGCCAUCUGUUUAUCUGUUCAUCCGUUCAUCCGAUUUUCACAAUAUCCGUCAGACGAAACUUAUGCGGCCACGUCGUAUGACCUCGUGUCACCCCGGUCGUCGUCGUCGUCGUCGUUUUGCCGGCUGCACGCAAACGCCCGUCGCAGCAGGUCGUACUGCACCGCACACGACCCGCGACACACAACGUCCUGA